AUGAGAACCGAAGAGGUUCCAAUUCCUGAUCACCAUACAAUAAUUGAAACUCACUAUCUGGCACCGCAAUGUUUAUCUGUAAAUACAGAACAGAUUACUACCACAACACCCUCUCCUACAAGAUCUUUGAGGACUGAAUGUGAGUCACCUUCUCUUUUUGACGAAACAUUCAAUUCUGUAUUUGAACCGGAACUGAGAGAAAACCUCAAAACACCAGAAAACGUUCAUUCUACAGAAGCAAAUGUGCCCCCAUCUUUACACAAUCUAAACCUUUCCUCAACUUCAUCAGCAACAUUUGAAGUGUUAAGACCAUUUCCAAAAGCGGCGCCACUGAAAAAUAGAAGAAAUAUUCGGAAACGUAAAAGUACUAUAUAUACCGACACCCCGCAAAAACUAAAUCUUUUAGAUAUGAAAAAUAAAAGAGAAACAUAUAAGAAGAAACAAACAGAUACAAAGGACAGAAUAGAAAAAGGAAAAGGGAAUGAAAAAGGAAAAGGAAAGGGUAAAGGAAAAGGAACUGAUAAAGUUGAUGAGAUUGCUGAUGACACCGUCGAUGAAAAUGACGGUAAUGCUGUAGAUUCAGAUGACGAAAGUACGAUUUGUUAA